GCUGGUCUGGACUGUUAUAAAAUGUCACCGAUACCUAAGUCAUCACCGUUAGGGUGUAUUCUGAUGCAUUGGAAAGAGGGGCAGUUUGGGCAAGAAAUGCAAAAAAGGAAAUUGGUUGAGUAUUGUAAUGUAUGGUGGACACAGUGUGAUUUGGAGGAUCAGGUUCUUUGGCCAGAAAAUGGAACUUUAGACUAUAAUAUCAUCCUACAGUCGAUGCAAUUUUGUAGGCGCGAGGGUAAAUGGGAUGAGAUACCGUAUGUAGAACUGUUCUUUAUUUUAAGAAUUGUUCUUUAUAUUUAAAGAGGAAUGGAAGAAGGCGUGUGGAAUAAUGGUCGUUAAUACAAAAUCGGAUGAGCAGUGUAAGGGAUGUGUGACUGAGAAGAAAUGUAUGAAAUGUCUGGCAGUGGAAAAUGCUUUGCAGCAUAAGGAGGAUGAUGAUUUUGAUUUAUUAGUGGCUCCGUCAGCCCCACCAGCCCCAGAGAUACUGGAGUAGAAGGUGAUGGGGAGGAUGAGGUAGAAAUAGAGGAUCGGGAAAAGAUGAACCCUUAGUGAAAGUGAGGUUAGGGGGAAAAGAAGUGCAAUUUUUAGUAGAUACUGGUGCAACACACUCAGUUUUAAAUGAUUUAUGUGGACAGAUAGGGAAAGACUGCUACAAUAGUGGGAGCCACAGGGAAAGAGGAAACCCGGCCAUUCAUGCAACCCCUGGAAUUACGAUUUGGAGGAAAGGAAAUAUGGCAUGAAUUCUUGUAUAUGCCUGAUUGUCCAAUCUCCCUGCUGGGAUGGGAUUUUUUUUUUUUUUCUUUUUUUUUAUCUAAAUUAAAUGCAAGAAUUGUCUUUGAGGAUGGAGAAUUAAUUAUGCAAGUUCCAGAAUCAAAGUCAGGACAGAUACUAGUGUUGAAGGAAAAUCCAAAAGUUCAAGUACCCAGAGAGGUAGAAGAGGCAGUGAUCCCUACAGUAUGGGAAACUGAUAUACCAGGGAAAUCAAAAAUGGCCCAACCAGUAGUAGUAGAAUCGAAGGAAGGAACGAAACCAGUACGAAUAAAAACAAUAUCCCAUAAAAUUAGAGGCCCGAUAUGGAAUAGUGAAAAUUAUUGAAAAGUUCUUAAAGUCUGGAAUAUUAGAAGAAUGCGAAUCAGAAUAUAAUACCCCAAUUUUUCCAGUAAAGAAACCAAAUGGAGAAUAUACAUUGGUACAGGACUUCAGGGCUAUUAAUGAAAUCACGAAAGAUAUACAUCUGGUAGUAGCUAAUCCAUACACAUGGUUAACAUCUGUGAAGGAGAAAUACAAAUGGUUUACAGUAAUUGAUUUAAAAGAUGCCUUUUUCUGUAUUACCCUCGACAAAGAUAGUAGGAAAUUCUUCGCUUUUGAAUGGGAGAACACGCACAAUGGACGAAAAAUGCAGUUGACAUGGACAAGGCUUCCACAAGGAUUCAAGAACAGUCCAACACUUUUUGGGAACCAGCUGGCAAAAGGAUUGGAAUCAUGGACAAUGUAGGAGAAAGUUCAGCAGCCUUCUUAGGAGCACCUGUGGAAGAUGGCCCUUUGGAACAUGAUUGUGUGGAAGUUAUCGAACACACUCAUGCAACAAGGGCUGACCUGAAGGACACCCCACUUGAACAGCCUGAUCAAGAACUUUUUACAGAUGGAAGUAGUUAUGUAGAAAAUGGGACACGAUAUGCCGGGUAUGCGGUAACCACACAAAAAGGGGUAAUAAAAGCAGAGGCUCUUCCUGUAGGAACUUCAGCACAGCGAGCAGAAAUAGUAGCUCUCACGAGAGCCUUGGAAUUGAGCAGGGAUCAGCGAGUAAAUAUAUGGACAGACUCAAAAUAUGCAUUUGGAGUGGUUCAUAUACAUGGAGCACUAUGGAAAGAACAAGGACUCCUAUCUUCGCAAGGUAUGAACAUAAAAUACCAAAAAGAAAUUCUGAAUUUGAUAACUGCUGUACAGUUACCCAAACAGGUGGCGAUCAUGCACUGUAAAGCACAUCAAGGAGGAGAUUCCAAAAUAGCUGAAGGAAAUGCGUUAGCGGACCGGACAGCUCAACGGAUUGCACGACAGGUAUCAAAUAUGAUGGCCUUAAUACCCACGAAGAACUUUGACGCAGCUGCGGAGUACUCUGGUUUGGAAUCGACCCUUGUCAUUGGAACACCCAGUGCACAAUAUCAAUCCAGGAGACCAGGUUUACGUCCGUGAUUGGGUUGAGGAACCACUGAGAGAACAGUGGAACGGACCGUACCUGGUGCUGCUGACUACCUUUACCGCGGUUAAAGUGAAGGGAAUUGAUUCCUGGAUUCACUACACACGGGUAAAGAAGGUUCCCGGAGAGUGGCAAGCAGAAGUAACUGGACCUACAAAGCUGAAACUUACAUACCAGAAGGAUGUCUAAUUACGUCUAUGGGACAAUCAUAAUAAUAUGGUUUCUGAUGAAUAUGACUUUUUCCACAGGCACCCACCGGAAGAAUAGAAAUGUGAGAUAUCAUCCAGAACAAAAUGCCAUUCUGUCUUGCACGGUUUGAAAUCAGAAAGUGGAAGUAACAUCGGGAAAAGGAAUCCAAUUCGACAUUAACAAAGGAUUGGAAAAGAUAAUAGUAUCCCAUAGAAAAAGGCGAGAUAUAGAGCCCACUCCAACACCACAGGUAAUACACCUCCCCUCAAGGGACCCCGAGGAAAACCUAAUAAUAGGCUUAAUUAAGGAUUUUGCAGGAAUACAGAAUACCAGUAAAAUCACUGCUUGCCUUCCAGUUCCUAAGGCAGCGGGGGAACCUAUAAACUGGGGAAUAAUAACUUUCCCUCUGCCGACAUCACAGGGAAAUAAGACUGAGUGCAAACAAAUAACCAUAGAAAAGGAACGGCAGGUCAGGGUGAAAGGGGAAUGGCUGCCAGAACAGAUUUGUAACCAGCUCGCAAACUCCACCUUCAUUACUAAGAAUUCAGGAGGAGAAUUUGGGGUAUGUAUGUAUGAUAGAAUUAUUACAAAAACAGAGACACAAUGGGAAUGCCAAGAAAGACAAAAACAAUUAGAAUGGGAAACCAUUUGGUCAACUAAUAUCUUGCAAAAAUUCCACUAUGGUGGUAACACUUCGUGGUGUAUCAAAUGGGAGGGAAAGCAGGACGCAACAAUUCCAACCGAAACCCUUUUGGCCAAUAAUGGAGUUAGUCGAGAAGUGAUACAAAACGUACCUUGGUGGAAUUGUUCUGAAAUAUGGGACUGUGAUUCAAACCCAGAUGAAAUAACAAUACCCUCCGUAAGAGUGGCUUUAAAGGCUGGAUGCGCCUGCCGGGGAUACAAAAGUGGAGGACAGAUGAUCCCCUAUCAUAAACCAGAUUGUAAGUAUGCAACUAUUAAGAGUAUGGGAAAUUUUGUAUGGGCCAAUAGUGAUGGAACGUGGACUACCCAUUUACCAGUUACGGGGAAGGUUAAAGAAAUCACAUUAGGCUUACCCACCUUAUGCCCAAUUUGGAAACGUUCCCCCUUUAAAGGGAAACUGGAAACUCUACAAAUCAACAGAAUCAAAAGAGAUAUAAAGGAAGAUGAUACAUGGCAGGAGCCCUCUACAGGAGUGAAGGUAGGAUGGGCCCUUGAAUCUCUCUUUGCUGCUCCAAUAGCUACUUACCGAAAUAGAGACAUGAUUUACAAAUUGAUAGGGCAGACUGAAAGGUUAGCUAGAGUUACUAAAAAGGGGUUCAGAGAUUUGAAUAUGCAGCUCCAAGCAACGACAAAAAUGACUUUGCAGAACAGAAUGGCAUUAGAUAUCUUAUUAUUGAAGGAACAUGGCGUUUGUGGAUAUUUAAAGGAUCGAGUUGAUCACUGCUGUGUGCAUAUACCGAAUGUAACCAUGGAUAUAGAAUAUGACAUAUCUCAACUCAAGAGAAUUGAACAAGAAGCUGAAGAAGAAAGAAAAGAGAUCGGCCAUAAUUGGAUAGGAGAAUUAUUUAAUGGAUUGGGGAUUCAUUUAGGCGGGUGGCUACAAUCGCUUUUAGAAACUAUUUGCACACUCUUGUUAGUAUUCCUGGUCAUCUACCUAGUAUACUUGUGUAUCCGUCAAGAAAUCACCCGUAACACUAGCUGGACGCAUAAGAUUAUAGGAGCAGUAACCCGGGAAUACCCACGACGCCUGACCCCGCCACCGAAGUACUACGAGACUACGAGAAUGGAGAACUAAGGUGAAAAACUGAAAAAUGGAAAUACCUUCUUAAUGAAAGAAAGUAUUUCCAAAGGGGGGAAAUGUUGGAAAACUCUAGUUUGUCUUACUAAAAUGUAGUCGAAUAACUAAUAGUUCUAACAAUUCUAUUAAAUAUAGUUAAAAACUAACUACUCUGUUGAAAUUUCGCUUGCUCCAGGGUAUAGUCUCAGGUAUCCUUAUUUGGGAAGGAAUGCUGAAAACUCUUACUGAGCCAGAAGAAAUCUUAUCUAUGUUAACAGGACAUAGAGUUGGUAUCUUUUCUAAUGCAAGCAGUAAACUUGCAAAGAGAUAACAGUUUGCAUAAAAAUGUAAAGAAUGCUGAAAAUGUUGCAAGACCUGAUGUGACAAUCACCGAAAUGAAUAUGUAGGUUGCAUCCCUUUUGAAUAUGUAACAGAUUGAGCAACACUUUAAGGAUAAAUGGCGAACGCGAUGUGACGGUCUUUGAACCAGAUUUGGGUGCGUACCCCUGGUUCCCGGGGCCUCGAAAUA